CCAGCAAGUACUUCGUCAUUACCAUGUUCUCGUGGAAGAAAGCGCCAAAGGAACCACAAUCUGCUGGUAGAAGUGGGAAAUCGAAUAGCAUCGAUGACAUGGACUUUAGCGAUCUGCUGAAUGACCCCGUCCACCUGGAUGGGGAAGACGGUGCGGACGAAAUGGAUCCCGACUUGUUGAGUCAAUUACAAGAAUUAAGCACUUCUUCAGCGCCUCGAAAGCCAAAGGCAAAACCGAAGCCAGUCCAAGGCGUUGAUCAAGUGGACAUCGAUUCGUAUGCUCGCUUAGCGCAGGAUGAGGAAAUCGAAGUUGACUUUGAUGAAAGCGACAUGAAUGAUCCUAACCUACUUAGUGAACUAUCUAUGCUGCGGGACAGUGGACCAGAGAUUGCAACAGAGGCUGCUGAUGAGGAUUUAAAAGCAGCAAAGCCAUUACCACUAACAGGCGAAGAACCUCAGCAGUCUAUCGCUUUUAAGAAAGUUCCUAUGAACGAUUCACACAAGACUGCAAGGUCGCUUCCUCCAAAUGACGAAGCACUCCAACUCAUGGCUAUGGGAUUUUCGCAAAGACAAUCUAUUGACGCCCUACAACGGUUUGAUAAUGAUCUGGAGAGAGCAACAAAUUAUUUGCUUGACUCACCUCCACCGACUGCAGGCGAUGAAGAUAUGGUAUCAGAUGGUUUUGGUCGACAGGAGCAAGUUGCCGAGGAAGGAAUGCGCCAGGAACAAUCGAAUCAAAAGAAUCAGGACCUUAUAGAUACAAGCACCGUUGACAAUUCAAAGAUAGGCUUUGAGAACAAUGAAAAUACAUCUAUGAAGCCUCUUGAGCCAACUGCUUGGAAUGCUUCAAGAGAAGGCAUGAGUCACGAGGCUUCCAUACAAAAAACCAUUCCCGCUCCCACCCAAAUGACCUACGAUACCGCGCAAUUCGAACCAGAGCGUCCAGCGCAAACUGAACCGGUCGCGACAGAAGAAAUUGGCAGCGAAGAAGACUUCAUGAUUAAGUAUGAGGAAACAGAUUUGUCGCUCUUAUCACAAUAUGCAACAGAAUACCAAAAAGCAGCAAUUUCUGCUAAACGUGCUGGUGAUAAGACAUCGGCAAUCGAUUUACUUAGAAAAUCCAAGGCAUUUACAGCCAGGAAGGAAGAAUUGAAGGAGUUACAAAGCGAUGAUUUACCAAUCGAAGACGAUACGUUACAACUGGCGUCAGAACCAUCAAGGAAUUCAGGUCUCCAACCGCAACCAGACCGAACACCGUCAGAACCAUUACCUAGCCAGAGUAAUGAGCUUCAAAGUCCCAAAAGUCAGCCAUCUGGUACUCCCACACCACCACUUCCCGCAAAAGAUAGAAUGUAUGAACCACCAAAAGAAAAACCAUCGCCCGUGCAACCUGAUAAAGGUGAAUCAGGAUCGCAUUCUGAUGCACCUCCCCCAUUAGCCCAAGUGUCACCAUCAUCAACGGCCCCAUUGAGUCAAACAAGCGCCAACCAAACUCCUCCAUCAAACUUAGCGGCGGCGGACUCAUCCGAAGUACAGAAAAUGUUAGAGACACUGAUCGUACGGCAAAAAGAAUAUAAGCAAGCGGCUAUACACUACAAGGAUUUAGGAAAUCUUGUUGUGGCUAAAGAGAUGAUUCGAGUGUCGAAGGAGGUGUUACAGACGGCUGUAGCAGUGAAGAAUAAACAAUUAACUGCCCCCAAAUCAAUCCGUAACAAGAUACCACCACCUCCUGAUAUGGAUCUUGGAUCAGGUAAACCAAGACAUGUACAAGAAGUGGAAUUAGCGUCCAGUACCGGCACCCUUCCUGAUUUCGCGCAACUCGAAAAGACACUCAACUACCAAGUAGAUGUAUGCCACAAUCUGGAACUUCAGAACAGAGGAAAGACAGGCGGUAGUGUCAAGCUUGGAGACGCUUUUAAAGGUCUUGCCAAAGCGUUCGCAGCAGAUUCAGUGUCUUUGAAAUCGGCAGAAAAUACGAAUGCACCGUUACCAAGGUUUCACUAUCAGAACGUCACAUAUGCUUAUCGAGAGACUCAUCCUGAUAUUGGAAGCAACGAGAUGGUUAUCAAUAUCAAGAAGGCGACAAAGUUACAAAGUUUGGAGACGGCUGCUCAAGACAUUGAAGCUUACGUUCAGUGGGAUCUGGGAGGUUGGCCACCUGAGAAUGUGCCACAAGCUCACCUUGGCAAAGGACAAACACCAUCUGCUCCUAAAGGCGCCAAUCCAGAUUUCGACUUUAAGACUUCCAUACCAAUCACACGUCAUAACCGAGUAUUUAUGAGGUAUCUGCAGAGAAAGAAAGCAACUUUUGAGGUUUAUCACAAGCGAUAUUCCUACGGUUUCUUGCCUCGACCACUUUUGCUUGGAAAGGUGACUCUUGAGAUGAAUCAGCUAUUGAACAACGCAACAGUUGGCGGCGUCUUGGAGAUUAUGGAUCAGAACAAGAAGAAGACAGGCGCUAUGUUACAUGUCGAGAUCAGCUUAUCAGAAGCAUUGAUGGACACAGAAAUUCCAACAAAGCAAGACAAAUGGUUGAUCAUUGACGAAUAUAAUUCCAACAUUUAUCCUUUACUAGCUUCGGCUCAACUUAUACCACAAUCAAUGUCCAAUUAUCAACCCACGCCUAUCGCUUCACCUCAAGUCGGUACUCCUCCUCAACCGCUCACACCUACGGCGCCCGUUACCGAAGACGCAGUUGCCAAGCCUACCUCUCCGCAGCCGACUUCCAGUAAAAUUGAUCAAACCGUCGCAAAUCCACCGAAAGCUGCAGCCACGGAAGAGGAAAGCGAGUUUGAACAGGCUGAGGCUGAGUUUAAUGAUGCGGAUUCCAUCGUGUCAAAUAUGGUGCUUGAAAAUGAGAUUGGACUGAUCAAUUCAGCUAUUGCCGCGUGCCAUGGAACCGUACCAGAGCACUUGAUGGAUCAAAAGCAAGCGCUGGAAAUCAAGAUGAAUAUGCUGGUGAUACAAGUUCAGACUGGCGGACUUACUAUAGAACAAUACCUCAACAACGUCAGAUCCAGAAUAGAACAGGACAAGAAGUGUGCUUUGAUCUUCAAGAGAGCCGGUCGCCUGGAUCUGGCUAAACAGGCACUGCGUCGUAAAAAGAUUGCUCAGGAUGAGGUGGAUGAAGCAGAGGCAGCCAUGGCUCAACAGGGCGAGGAAGACAAUGACAGUUAGUCAUUCGGAAUAUGUUAUUUUAAAUUUUUAAAACUCUCACAGAACCUACUUUUCUUAUAUUCAUAUCAUACCUAUGCCGCCAGCACUAACAGAGAUUGAUCAAUGUACAUAUGUUCCCCCUGCUGUACUGCCUGUCCCUAUUGCAGAGCCCGGAACUCGUAAUGAAGCAGUGUCAUUCGCCAUGCCUGAUGGCGAAAUCUUGACUGGUCAUUUCACACUGCCGGAUCCAGUGACCGAUGCCAGUGAUAACUUCAAACCU